AUGGGAAAUAAGUAGUAAAAAUAAUAGAAAAUAAAGGAAAUUUCUUAGCAAGCUUAAAUUGUCAACUAAAUGAAAGAUGCUUAAAGAAGCAAAAGCGCUGACCCAUAUUUGAAGGUUCCAUCAAGCAAUAACUCUGUUUAUGGAGUUAAAGUAACUCCAACAAUUGAUCCAAUAAAAUAAAUGUAAAGAAGUUAAAUGAAUAGCUCUAAUAUGCUCAACUAGAGUUAAUUAAAUAGAUCUGCAAUCACUCCUCCACCCAGAAUGGGUUAGUCUAAAUAUGGAGCAACUAACGAUAAUAUCAGAUUAUAAGACCAAAUAGUAGGUUAACCUCUUUAGCAAUAAGGAGCAGAUCCAAAUAGAAGCUAUGUUUUAUCUGUUGCAGAUAGAGCAAAUAUAAACAGGCAGUAUAAAAGCGCUAUGAUUAAUUAAAAUAACUCUAGAUUAGAUAUCUCAAUGAGAGUAGACUAAAAGAGAAGUGUAAGUCCUAAUAAAUUAUUUCCACCAAAAGAAGAGGUUUAAAUGAUGUUGUCAAAUAUAAGAAAGAAGGAAAUUAUGCAAACAAGAGAAAAAGAAUACACUCUUAAGAAGAUGCACCAAGUUAAAAAGGCAAUUUAGUUUGUACAGAAUUAUGCAAAUGCAGUUAACUUUUUUGAUGUUGAGUCUCAACUGAAUUCAUAAGCGAAUAUGCUUUUAAAUCUAAACAAUUAUGAGACAUUCAUUCUUUUAAGAAAUGAAUCAUAAAAUGAAUUGCAGAAAAUGGCUAAAGAAGGUGAAAACAAUUAAGAUAAAUUAAACGAAAAAUAAAAAUUAUAUGAAAGAUCAGUUUAAAUUAUUAAAAUUAUGGAUUAGCUUAAGAAAGACGAAUUUUUUUAUCAGAGCUAGAUAGACUACACAGGUUUAAUUAAAGAAAAAGAAUAGGUAAGAAAUAGAGAAUAAUCUUUAGAAAAUAUCCUCAAACAGGAUAUCAGUUCCUUAAGCCAAACACAGUAUGGAGAACAUAAAAAACAAAACUCUCACCCAAAUUUAUAGUUAAAAGAAAUGCUUGCUGAAGUAGAGCCUAUCUAAAAAGAAAGUAAUAAAAGGCUCAAUUCAUAAUAGAGUUAGCUUUCAAAUAACAUUAUUAGCAACAAUAAUAACAGUACCAAUAAUAAUUUAAAUAAAAUUAUCUAAAAUACUGACUCUGAGUAUCAAAACUCUUUUAAAUCUAGUACAUAAAAAGACAAAUAAUUUGGUAUUUAAUCUUCUUAAAAAAAUAUUUAGUAAAAACAUUAAUCUAAUUAAAACUCUGUUUCUAAUUUUUAGUAAUAGCCAUAAGAUGGCAAUAAAUCCUCUGUAAAGCAGUUAUCUCAACAAUAACAAUAGUUGUAAUCGCAAUUAAAAAAUAAUUCAUCAGCAUAAUUGCAAGAUUAACUACGCUAAAAAGAAUAUGCUUUUUAAUUAAGCUCUAAUUUAAUUAAUAACCCUAUGGCUAGCACAAUUAAAAUAAAUUCUCAAGAAGCUAACUCAUAAAAUAAAAAUACCUCCCUGCAUAAUUUAGCCAGUAACGGAUCUACUUCAGUUGCCAUUUAGCAAGCUUAAUCUAACCUAAGCCAAAAUAGUUAUUAUCCUUAAAGCCAAUAAAAUGCCAAACCUAACUCUGUAACAGAAAAUAUAAACUAAUAAAUGCAGUAAUCUAUUAAUUAAGGUUUACCCCAUUUUAGCUAACUUUAAUAACCUCAGUUUGAAUAGAAUAGGAACAAUAAUUUCUAAGAAUAAAAUCUUCCAUAAUUUAGUAAUCCAGUGAGCAAUAAUACUUCUCCUGAUGUAGAAAAUAGAUAUUAAAAUUAAAAUCAAUUUUACACUACUUAAAAUAAUACAAAUGCUUUUAAGUCAGAAUAAAUUAGACCAUCUUCUGCUAAUACCAACUAGUAAAUGAGAUUUUAAUCUGCUAAUAACUAAUUUUAGUAGGAAUAAAAUUUCAAUCAAUAGUAACUUUAUUAACAGGAUUAAUAAAAUCCUGCUGCUGAUAGCGAAUACAAAUCAUAAAGGAAAUAAUGGUUCAACUCAAAUGAAAAUAAUUAAAUUAAUUAAGUAAACUUAAUUGAAGAAACAGGUAAAUUCUAAAACAACUCAACAAGAAAUUAAUUUGGUUAAAAUUUCACCUCUUAUAAUAACUAAAAUAUGCAAGGUAUAAUACCUCACAGCUAAAGCUCAGUUUAACUUUCAAAUCCUUAAUUUAAUCAAAACUAAUUUGAAAAUAAAAGCAAUAAUUUUAAUCAAUAUUAAUAGUAAUAAUAAGAGGAUCAAAACUACCAAGUAAAUAUUAUCCCAGCAAAUCCGAGAAGUUUAACCCCUAAUAGUUAAUAAGUAUUCGCAUCUGAUUUAACAAAUUAAAUUAAUUUAUAAAAUUUUUAAUAGCAGCAAUAAUAACCCAACAUUUCUUAGAUAAACGUCUAACCAGCAACCACAAGAAAUAUCAGAAAAGAAAUUGAAGUAGCUCUAGCAAAUAAACAAAGAAGAGCCUCUCUCUAACAUUCAGAAAUCUAAACUAUGAAGAAUUCUAUGAAUACUAACCAACCUAUGAAGGAAUCUUACAUUACGAACAUGGAUGGUACUCAUUUAUUACCUUACUAACAAAAUUACUAGACUUAAAAUUAUGAAAAUGAAGAAGAUUACUAACUUUAAGUUCCACAAAAUACCUCACAAGUAAACGAAUCUUACCUCUCUAAGAAUAAUGUUAAUGUUUAUAUUGGCAAAGAGCGUCUCUAGAAAAAGGGUAAUGAUAUUCAGGUCUACCGUAACGUUAAAUUAAAUAAAGUUAAAGCUGGCUAAUAAAACAAUAUUACAUAACAUAAUACAAGUACUAAUGCUUUAAACAGAAAAGGUUCUAAAAUAAUUCAAAUAAAUAAAUAAAACAAUAUAACAUCUAUGAAAAAUAGUGGCGCAAGCAAUAACAACAAUAAUUACUUGCAACAGCAUCUCAAUAAAGUUGCAAGCUAAAAGUAAAUUUACAAACCUCUGAAUGCUUCUUCAUCGCAAAAUGUAGUUUAAGAUUAAUUCCACAUGAUUAUGAACUAAUAAUAACUCCAAGAAUAAAAUCUUUUUAACAAUAUGUCUGCAAUAAAUUAUCCCAAUAACGCAAACAAUUAAAAUCAUGAGAAUAGCUUUUUAAGUAAUAACAGCAAUAUCCUCUUAAAUGAUUAGUCACUUUUAGAAAAUUAUCAUAUUUCUAAAAUGCACUAGUGUGAUGCUAACCAUGAGCAUGAAAGAUUCAAAACUCCUAAGAAAUAUUAAAAUAUAGAAUCCCAUUACAGUCCUAACAAUCUGUAAUUUUACCUAAACAAGGAUCACAAAAGUUACUCCAACAAUUAAAAAUGGGUAUAAGAAAAAACAAUCGUAGAUAAAACAAAUAAUGCAGGUGCUCGUACUUUCUGGGACAGAAAACCUGAUUCUGAAAUAAGGACACAAACAAAAAACUAAUAAAUAACUUAAAAACUUACUAAUUAGACAAAAUAAUUAGAAACUGGAAUGAAAGACAUGUAAAAAUCGAUAGCCCUUUAUAAAUCUAACAAUGAAAAAAUCUAUAAAUCGACUAUUGAAAUACCAACUUUACCUACAAAUCAAAUUUAAGAGAGUCCAAAAAAACAAUACCAUCUUAAAUAUGAUAUUAAGAAUAAUUAAAGCGAUAAAAAUCAAAGCGAACAAAUGAAUCGCAUAUUUGUUUAGCACUUAUAAUAAUAAGCCAACAAUGGGUCUUUAAGCGAUAGAUCUCAUUAUACUUAAAUAUACCCAAGAGAAUUUGAUACAAUUAAAAACAUUUAAUUGAGAGAUUAGAACUUAUAAAAUAUACACAAAGAAGUUUACGAUCUCAGCAAUCGUGUAUAAAAUGGACUUAAAAAUUAAAAUAACUUCAAUCACAUAAAGUCAUCCAACAACCUUUCUGAAAACAAUGAUGACAAUAAAAAUAAAGUAGUUUAUUAAACACUAGGUGUUCCUACAUCUAAUAACGCCUUUUAUUAGCCUAAUUGGGUCUAAAUUAAUAAAAGCAUCCCUUCCAAGAGUCACAACCAUAGCUAAGACGAAUAUCAAAAUCCUGGAUACAGAGAAGAUGAGCAAAUUAUUAACCAUAUCUCCAAACAUGAAUCUCCAGAAAUUCAAAAACAACAAAAUACCUCUAUCUCAUAAUUCUAAAAGUAAAGACAACAAUUUUACUAGCAAAGAGAAAUUUAAAAUCAAAAUUCUCACUCUGAAAGUUAUUAUCAUUAAAUACCAUAGUCCUAACAAGGUUCAGAUUAAAAGUAAUAUUCGAUAUCAGAACAAAGAAUCCCAGCCUAACCAUCAAGAAAUUAUACAUAGUAACAAGCAUUAAACCAAUCAAAUCAGAUGACUAUGAUCCAUAAAUAUGGACCUGAUAAUAGUCAAUAUCAAUUUAAUUAAGGAGAAUAAUCAGCUGAAGUAGAUUCAAUAAAAAAAGAAUUGCUUGUGUGA